GACUCUGUGGUAGCACACGUUGUCGGCACACGGUGCGCUGCUAACGUGUGCCUUCAGGUGACUAUCGUUUCUUGGACAGACCAGACAGACUGCCUGCGACAGUGAAUUCGCUGCCGCCCCGAGUACAACUUGUAGUACGCACUCGCACAACCAUGGAAAGGCCAGAAAAACCUUUCAAGGACUCGGCGGAGUCUGCGCAGUCUGCAAGCACAGAGCUUCAGCCCCCAGGUGAGACAGUGUGUAAACAGCUGGAUUCCAACCUUACUGCGAGCUCGGCACUGAAGGUGUACCUCCGUCUCCGACCUAGAGUUGGGGGCAGGACAUUUACAUAUCCUGCGUUCCAACCCUGUGAUGACACGACAGUUGUGACCACAACUGCUACCCUGGAAAACCAGCAUCAAAAACGUUUCAGUUUUACGAAGGUGUUUCCAGAGGGCAGCAGCCAGGAGCAGCUGUUUCAGGAGGCGGUGCGGGAUCCCCUGGAUGCCUUUGUGAAUGGAGCCAACGUGUUGCUCUUUGUGUACGGUCCCACCGCUGGGGGCAAGACGUACACCAUGCAGGGUCCACCCACCGACCCAGGAGUGGUGCCUCGCACACUCGACAGACUGUUCAGGCUGCUGGGGCCUCAGGUGUGCAAGGGGGCACCAGUGCGCCCCGACUGCUUCGAUGACGUUGUCCCGCUCACCGCUAAGGAGGAAGCCUCCGUGCUCUCACUGAAAAGCAAAUUGUUGGGCGAGAAGGGAGCCCGGAGUGCUACGGACUUCAGCACCUUCCAUAUGCCCGCCAAUGACAGCGAUUGGUCGCUGUUCCCAGUCGCAUAUGUUUUUUUUUCGCCCAUGGGUCUUCAACAGGUAAUGCUGUGGCUUUCGUUUUACGAAAUUUACAACGAGUGCAUCUACGACUUGCUGCUCCCGUCGACUGAGAUAAAAGGGGGCCAGCGUCGCACCAUUCUCAAGUUGGGCGAAGACCGGGCCAAGCGAGCGUUCGUGCGCGGGCUCGUCGAAGUGCCUGUGCAUUCGGCCGACGAGGCGCAUCGGCUGCUCUGCCUGGCGCGCAACAACCAGACCUUUGCCGAGACGCAGCUGAACCGCAGCUCGAGCCGCAGCCACUGCGUCUUCACUGUGCGGCUCGUGGCCUCUGGGGUGGACGGGCACCACGGCAGCCAGAACUGGCACGUCAGCACGCUGAUGCUUUGCGACCUGGCGGGUUCGGAGAGGCCAUCCAAAUCUGGCACCGAUGGGUCGCGCCUGCGCGAAGCUGGCAGCAUCAACAAUUCUCUGAUGGUGCUCGGCCGCUGCCUGGAGGGCCUGCGUAACAACAAGGAUGCAUCCAAGAAGACCCCCGUGCCCUUUCGAGAGAGCAAGCUCACCCAGGUCAUGCAGGCCUACUUUACCACAGGUGGGCAAGUCUCUCUGAUCGUCAACAUCUGCCCAGCCAUGUCCACGCUCGAGGAGUCGCUGAGUGCGCUGAAGUUCUCUGCCGUGGCCAUUGAAGUGGUGCCACAGCAGCUGGAAGCACGUCACGUUCGCUGCAAGGAGGCGGUUAGUCGUCUGACUGAGAGGUGGCAGCAGCGUGCAAGUGGAGGCAGAGGGUUUCGUGCCGGUUCUCUCGCACCGAAUCCUUCCGAGGACGUGGCGGCCUCCACGGCCUUGGAUGAAGAUGAGGCGGAGGAGCUCUUUGAGGCCACACAGGCACUCCAGCGGGACCUGGAGGAGACCCGGGGCCAGCUGAAGUGGGCGCAGAAGAUGGCUUCCGCAAACGAAGCGCAAGUGAACGACUACAAGGGCCAUGUGAAACACUUGGAGCGGACGCUGCGCAAGCAACGUGAAAGUGCCGACCGGGAAAUGGCAAUUCACGUCCGCAUCGCCUGCGAGAUCACACGUCUUAAGCUCUAUAGCAGGGCUAAGAAGGGCUCAACCAUGUAUCUUCUGGGGCAACUCGAAGAAGCGCAGCGCCGAAAUGGUGAACUCGAGAAGGAGCUGGGCAAACAGACUACUGUGCAGGAUGACCCUGUGGCUGAAGGCUGCCGCGCUGCACCCACCACAGCCGAGGCAGGGACACAGACCGAGGAAUUUUACUGUGGAUGUCCAGCAGCUGCCGCACUGGAAGCGCAGGCUCGACUCUCUGAAGCGGAAAGCGAGCUGCACAGCCUUGGCAGCCGCCUCGAAGAGUCGCAGUCUCACUUGGUCAGUGAGCUGCAGGCCCGCAAGGGUGCCGAGGCUUCGGCCGAACGAGCUCUCGACCAACUCGAUGACGUCCAGCAAAGACUCUCGACGCAGGUGGCUCAGCAGGAGGGCUUGGAACGGCAAAUGGAAGAGCUGCAACGCGCCCAUGACGACGUGCAGGAGAUGGCUGCAGAGUCUAACUGCAAGCUCGAGCAGGUGUGCUUUGACCUGCAGGAGCGUCAACUUGCCUUGGAUGAAUUGAGAGAACAGCUUGACCACAGGACCGAGGCCUUGAGUGUGGCUGAGCAGAGGGCUCGUGUCAGCGAGCAUGAAGCCAAAAGGGAGGCUGUGCGCAGAGCAGCUACAAAAAAGCGGGCCAAGGCCAUUUCUAAGGAACUCAAGGAGUCGCGCAGAUUGACUGAGAACGUGGCAGAAUCUCAGCAGGAGGCUGAGUUGCACCUAAAGGCAAUGCAACAUGACCUCGAGAGCUGUCACGAAGAGCUGCUGCGCAGUGAGCAGUCUCGCAAAGCAGCCAUGGCAUCUGUGGAGACCAAGGAGGAAGAGCUCUGCAGCAUGCACCAGGCUCUCGAGUCUUCCACCGUGAAACAUGCUGACAAAAAGGCGGCUAAAGAAAACUGCCCGCGUCGCACUCGCCGCACCACGCGGAACACCCGGCGCGCGACUCGAGCUACUCGAGCAAAGGCUGGGUCAGUAGCACCGUCCGAUCCAUUGGACAGUGAAGCAGCCUUCAAUACUCCAAGCCUCGAACCACGUUUGCGUUGCUUGAAGGCGGGGGUGCCUCCGAAGAAUGCACUGGAGGAGGAACAAGACUUCAAGGAUCACCGUGCUGUCCUUGCCGACGACAACGCCGAGUCAUCAUCGUUGACACGUUUUGGCAACUUCAUGGCUGGCAUGCUUUUCAGGGGCUCAAGUAGCAGUGUGGCUGCAGGAACGCUGAAUCAAUGCCAUCCAGUCACCACGGAUGCCAACUUCGUCGAGCUGUGCACUGAACGGCCAGCCUCAACUCGGAGAACAAAUGCUUGCAGGCAGGCCAAGGAAUAAUUCGAAAAAAUGAAACGCUGCUUUUAAUUAAAAUUUUAGUGACCUUGAGUCGUACUUUAAUUGACAUAUUUUAUAUCGCACAAUGCCUGCAAAACAAAUGCUGCACUGUUCGCACAUCCAGCAGGGCAGUGUUGGAGCUGGACACGGGGCGGUACUUGGCACUUGUGUCAGUCAGCCCUCGCAUUGUGUUCAUUGUAAAUAGUCUCCAUGUCAUUUCUGUAAGUUGUCAUAUUUAACUUUUAUUCAACAUUUUAGUGCCAAUUUUAACCAUGUGUUUACUCAUACUUGCUACAUUCAGUUAGCAGCUGCUAACAUCAGUUCGCUCCUAAAUGAAUGUAAUUGUAUAGCCCACUUUACUAUUUUAUCAUGAAAUGCUGGAAUUUUAGCAUUCGUUUAAAUUGUCUUAUUUAUGCAAAUAUUUCGUGAUUUAUCAUGUGUUAAGGGACAAAGGAAUCUUUUUAUGGCCGAAUAUUUUGUCCCAAUUGAUAUGUACAUUUACUCAUGCAGCAAUGAACCAAAACAGGCGUUACAUGAAUUUUUAAUAAAGUUCAUUGACAUUUCUGGGUGUCCGCGGUUUUGUUGACCAGUGUCGAUGCGACUAUAACAAGCUGAGAGGCUGUUGACAGCAUUGCUCCAGUACAAAUAAGUAUGUGAAUCUAUAAUAAAGUUAGCAUAUUGAAUGUUAAACUAAUACAGCAAUAAUUAGAAUAACUGAAGGGUGGUCAUGAGUCAUUAUUGAUGCAUCAGCUCACAGUCUAGUGAGCUAAAGCUCUUGCAUUAGUGCCAAUCAACUGCAGAACAUUUGCAAGUUUUGGCGAGUUCAAGAAAUUUUGUUGCAUAAACGUUGUUCCGA